AGCCACCAUUAUGUAUAGUAAUCUUCGGUACAAGUCUCGGAUGCACUCUUUCCUGAGCUCAUUUCGUUAGCAGGUGUCGUAGUCGUAUGGUUGUGUUCGAAAAUGCGGUCCAUACAUUUUGGACAAUCCAUUCCUACAUCAUUGGUAAUAACUCUCUCUUUUGUUGUGACAGUGAAUAUUUAUAAUUUGAUACUCGCCUCGAUAAAUCACGAUGAUCAUGCGAAUAGAAUACUUUUAGGCAAAGAUUUGAAACUGAAGAAGGUUCUCAUUCUAUUGCAAACUAUUCUUUCGAUACUGGCAAUCUUACUCUAUAAGAAAUACACUUCUUUGGUGGUUAAUUUGAUAAAAUUUUGGAUUUUGGGACCGCUCAUCGUGACGCUUUUUUUCGAUAUGAUAUUAACCACAACGACUGCCGUUUAUUUACUACGGGACCGACACUUGGAUGAAUUUUGGAAAAUAUUACACUCGAAUGACCAUGUCGAACCAUUGUAUGCUCCAGACAUUCUAUAUUAUUUCGUGUCUACGCUAACAUUUGUCUAUUUUGUUUUCAAGCUUUACACCACGAUCGUUGCGUUCAGUUAUACAGGCACUUUUGUCAAAGGAAUAGGAGUAUCGAGUGACUCGAAUCCUGCCAAUAAUAACGAUAUCGAAAGAAACGCACCUCGUUCACCUUCACCUCCUCCUCAAUACGAUCAAUGUGUAUUGGAAUCUGCGAUGCCACCUCCUUACAGCGAAGUUCAAAAUCAGAAGUAAGGUACUAAGAACCGUACAGCUGUGUUCAAUCUGAAUUCCAUUCAAAGAAUCAAACUCAAGUUCAUCGCCAUUACACGAUCUUAUUUAUCAUCGGAUAUGGUUUAUAAGAUUCAGUUCUUAUCGUUGAUACGUGUUUUUUCGAUGUUUUCGUGUAUUAUCACGUACGGAACGCUGUGAUUUUCUAUUAUUUUUCUCGAACAUAUUUGAUAAUUGAGAGGAAAAAAAGUACACGUACAUAACAUACUUAUUUUGACCUUGCAAAAAAUCAAAUAGUUGAUACGGUUUCCCAGAAACCAGGAACUAUGAUGAAUGAACUUGAGAGAGACGGACGAAAACAAAUUCUCUGUGGAGCUUUUUAGAGCGGAGUUCGAAAUAAAAUCACACGAGAUUUCUGUUUUCAGUGAUAAGUAUUCCUAACCUAAUUUAAUUUUAAUCAAGAUAGGAUGGUGUACUAAGUAUUUCGUAAAUAUUUAGAAAACGAACUUUCCAUUCUUGUUGAUUAGUGAGGCUGUGAAUGUGAAAAUUAGACAACAGUGUUGAUGAUUGUUCUAAUUUUCAUCGCGUCUUUCGACUGCAUAGUGAUUAAGCAUUUAUUUAGUUUUAAUAAUAUAAAAUGUAAAAUGAAAAUGAUCUCAUAUGUUCCCUAUUCCGUUUUGUAUAGGUAGAUACUCUAAUAUAAUUAUUUUGCUUGAA